UGGCAAUAAUUUAUUUACAAAUGGUGGGUAUUUAAACUAGUUGGAGCCCUUUACCUUAAAAUUUUUAAUUAUUGGUCUACCGCAUUGUUUGCAAUGGUAGAAAAUGAUGAAGACUAUAAUUCGGGUGAUAAGGUCCCGACAGUAGCGAAACGAAUUUGUCUAGGUUUCCAAAGUCAAGACAGACAUGUUAGAAAGCAAUGUUACAAACACCUUCACAACUUAUUGAAAAACAAAGAAUUGACCAAUGAAGAUUUAAAAAAUGUUUACUGUGAAACUCACAUGUACUUCAUCAAUGGUUUGCGGGAUAAAACGGAAACCGUUCGAGAAGAAGCCAUAAAAUUUGUUACCUAUUUAGUUGCAGAACGACUCCCUUUAAAUGAUUUCUACUUAACCUAUAUAGUUCCUGUUAUUCUCGAACGUAUAGGUACAGUAGAAUUGGUAGAAGAAUCUGAAGAGAUUAGACUUCAAAUGCUUCAACUUUUGGAAAUUAUUAUUAAGAGAUACACAAAUACUCCACAAUUAAAGCCAUUCUUAAAUGAUGCUGUCUUAAUUUUGUCAGAGAUUGUGAAAGAUAAAUAUCCUGCCAUAAAGGAACUUGCUUGCAAAACUGUCGUAGAACUAGCCAAGGCAUUACCUAGAGAUUUUCAUAUGCAAGCGGAGAGUUUAUUACAGCCUGUGCUGACAUGUUUUUCUCACCAAAGAUACAAAGUAAGAGUAGAAGCCAUUAAAGCUGUUGGAGAGAUUAUUAUGCAUAGCAGUUAUAAUGGAAUUGAUCAAGUAGUAGUUCCCAUGGCUGAGAAACUUUUUGACCAAAUUCCAAUUGUACGACAAACAGUGGCACAAGAAGCGGCUCGUUGGCUGCUGCAACAGCGUGAUAGAUACUCAUUUUUCCAUAAAAUGCUGCCUUUACUCCUAACUGGGUUAAAUGAUGAAGUGGAGUCCACUAGAAUAGAGGCGCACAAACUCUGGGAAAUGGUUGGGCUCCAGUAUCAGCAAGAAAAUGAAAAAGAUCUAAAAGAUAAAAUGGAUUAUCUGUAUGAAGUGCCCGAUUACUAUCCAAAACAUUUGAACAGACCAAACCUGGGCUGUAGAGUCUUAGUUCAAAGGAAUGUCAGCAAAAUUGCAGGGGGUUUAGUUAAUGAGUUGACAAGUUGGCAGGAAGAUAUUAGAGUUCGUUGUAGUCAGUUGUUAUGUUCAUUAGUCUUACAUGCUGAGGAAGAUAUCACAUUUAGUCUGCAAACAUUAUUACCUCCCAUGUAUUCUGCAGCUAGGGAUGAUGAUGAAAGAGUUGUGGCCAAUAUAAUACAAGCAAGUCAAAUUGUAGGACUUUUUGUUGAUGUCAAAACGUGGUCAAAAUUGGUACUGCCGGUCAUUGAAGAUGGACCACAUUAUGGACACUUGAUUGUUCUUACUGGGUUAAUUGGUGGGGCACGUACUGAGACUAUUUGCAGUUUAGUGUCGAAAAUAUGUCAAAUUUUAGCGGAGGAUCAUAUAUGUUGUAGUAGAAAGAAACAAUAUCAAUUGGAACUUUUGAGAUGUAUUAAAAUUUUGAUGCAAAAAUAUACCUCUUCCCCUGAGGACAAUGCGGGUUACAAUUUCUUUAAAAUUAUUACCACUCUUAUAUCAUUGAAAGAUCCCGAAAAUGUCGAUAUUAAUUUACAACUCUAUGAGGAUUUGGCCACGCUCUUGGAUUUGGCAAAUAAAGCGGACCUUUUCUGUCGAUAUAUGAAUCCACUGUUGCUUCAUAUUAAUAAAUCUCUAAAAUGCUGGACAGCCAUUACCGACAACGCAUGCAUUUUUCUGACGCUGAUUAGUGAAUCAAACGAUGCUUUUGCGACCAAUCAGGAAAUAUUGGGGGAUAUGCUACAUGAAGUAUUAGAUUCUGAAUCUGACGCGGAGUUGAGACUGAAAGUUUUUUACACAUUAGCAACUCUGUUUGACCAUAAACGAGACAUUUUUAGAAACAGCGAUGGAUUUUUUGAAAAUUUAAUUGGAGACGUAUUUGUUCCAUCUCUAGUAUGGCACGCGGGUUUCACUGCGGAAUCUAUAAGGACAAUGGCGGCGACUUGCUUAAAAUACUUGUUGAUGCCGGCGGAUAGUGUCAAACUGUUCUCCUCGAGGCAAGGAAUCCGUUCGCUUAUGGAUAAAUUAAUACCGCUGUUACUGUCGUUGGUAGAGGACGCUUCUUACAGAAGCCGGCAAGUGGCCAUCGAGUGUUUGACAUUGCUUAAAGAAAUUUCUGCGAAAGAAGAUCUUUGGUUAAACGAUGACUUACUGAGGAUCUACCCGGAGGUUUUAAAACGGCUUGAUGAUCCUACGGAAAAAGUUCGUACUUGCGCUCUACAAAAUUUGCCCCGAUUGUUUAACGAUCCGCCUCAGGAGUUUCUCUUACCUAAUUUCAAGGCACAUAGGGAAUUGAUUAUCGAUACCCUUUUAACGCAUUUUGACGAUGAUGAAGAAAUGGUUCAAGCUUUGGUUUUUGCACGUGUGUACCAAGCCAGGGCCGUAUUUAAGCCGACAAGAACUGUGCCGUGCAGACUAUUGUCUUUUAAGAGUAGGGAGAUUUUUGUUUAUUAAACUGUGAUAUGAAUUUAUAUUAGUGUGCCUCUUGUAAAUCUUACUAAAACACCUCGCCAAAAUUUAGUUCUGGGGCAAUAGAAUUAGAGGUGGAAAAGUUGGAAAAUGCCGGAUUAUGUCGUAAAAACGGUAUAUCGUUCGGAGAACUCUACAUACUAUGCAAUGUAGUAAUUUAGUAUACGGGGUUUUCUAAUUAGGCUGGAUCCAUUGCUACCAAACUUUAUCAUUUGAAAUAGAAAGGGUAUGUUUUUAUUCCAUUUUUGGAUUGCUCUUAAAAUUCAAAGUAUUUUUCUUUUAACAUACCCUAUACCCUAAUUCAAAAUGUUUUUGUAGGAAUGACAAAAAACGAAAAUAAUGAAACUAGAAUUUAAUUUAUGUAGGACAUGAUUCAUAAUUUUAACGGAUUUAAUUUAAAUAAUAAUAAAAAAUAUUUAAAAACAAUUAAUAAAUGUUCAAACUGACAUCCGUCUGCUACGAGACAAUGGCCUAAACGGUUUGUAAAUUCUUGCACGGUGGUGUAGUUCGAAUUUCGGCUCUGGAUUUUUUUUUUGUACACUUUAGUUUUGAGGUGACUUCAAAAAAAAAUCUAGUAAAUUUAAAUCUGGUGAAUGAGGCGACCAUUCAAUAAUCGCUCUUCGACCGAUCCACCGAUUUGCAAACAUUUGGUUCAGGAGUAUAAUAUUUACGUUCCCCAUCUUGUUGAAACCAUAUGCUGUUAUCGGCCAUCCUUAUUUCGCCAUUUCUGAUGUUCGCCGCUGAGAAAGCCAUUGAUAUAGAAAGGCCAAUUAUUCCAACCUAUACAUGUAGCUUUUGAGGAUAUUGGAUGGAUUGAAUAUCGAACAUUAUUUUCGUUUUUGCCAUUCUUGCAAAAACCUUCAAUGCUUUCAAUUAGACGCUGUCGCUGGUUUGACUAUAAGUCAAAAAUUGCUCGUAUUAUGAUGCACAAGUAAAGUUUUGAUUAGCUAUUAGUCCGGGAGCCCUGGACCUUUAUAUAAAAUGAUAAGCAACAAGCUAAUUCUUUGGAAAUCGUUUCAUUUCUCAAGACGCCUAACCUUUUCCUCUACGAAAAUUGUUGUAUCAGGUACCUAACUAUACACGCAACCAUACCAAAAUGAUCAGCAAUAGUUUAGUUUUUAGCUAAAUCUAUAGAUAUUGAAAUAUAUAAUUUGAAAUUAAAUUUCGGCUACAAACAAAUAGGUUUGGUAUAGGGUGGCCCACCCCCUCAAAGUUGUAUCUAUUAUUUAUUUAUAAAAAAUGAUAAUUAUAACAAAUGAUCACAUUGACCUACAAAUAAACUGGUUGGGUUUUUUUAGUCCUACACUUUAAAGUUAUUAUACAAUUUUUUAAAAAACCAUCCCCAACCGCCUAGAUUUUUGUGAGUGGAUUCGUUUUAAUAAGACCCUAUACCAAACCUAUUUGUUUGUAGGUCAAAUUUAAUUUCAAAUUAUAUAUUUCAAUAUCUAUAGAUUUAGCUAAAAACUAAACUGUUGAUCAUUUUGGUAUGGUAACUAAACAUUGACGUGAUUUUAUACCUGCGUGUAUAUUUAGCUACCUGAUACAACAAUUUUCGUAGAGGAAAAGGUUGGGCGUCUUGAUGAAAUGAAACGAUUUCCAAACAAUUAGCUUGUUGCUUGUUGUCCAGGGCUCCCGGACUAUAUAGAGGCCCUGAAUAAUGCUAAUAUGAGAACAAAAAGCAACCAUGAAAACAUUUUGAGAAGGUCCAUUCAACAUGCGCUUCCGGGAGAUUUAAAAUUCGUUUUUAACCAAUGAGGAGACUUGGCCAACAACCAACAUGGCUGCUGACAAGCCGUCGGGUUUGGAUGCGGCAGUAUCUUAUCAAAAUAUGUCCCAUUAAAUGUGGAUUAGUAGAGAAGUACAAUAAUACUGAAACCCAUUUCUUUCACAGACAUGAAUUUUCUGUCAGCGUGGUUGAAUCCGCUUUUCUUUUCGCCUAUUCUAGUUUUCUGUUAGUGUUAACUCUGAUAACAUUUAGGUUGUGUUGGAAGUUGUAGGGUGUUAAGCAUGAACAUGAAAAAUUUAUUGCAGCGAAUAUUUUAAGCUUCCAAUUUAUUGCGACAUGUUGAACUGCCUUUAAUACCAUCCAAUUUAAAAGGAUAUGUUUAUGUUUCAGAAGUACUUAAAGUUGUCGGCCACAUGAGCAAAAGCGAGUUAAUUAAAAAAAUCGAAGUACAUCGCCCCUUAUUAAGGAAUCAAAAGGGGUGUAAGGAUAUAAUUGAAUUUGUUGAAACUUUAUAAAUUGAAAAACGA